CCUCCAGGACCAGCGCAACAUCCCUGCCGGCGCCCGCCGGUCACCACUUCGCCGCCCACCAGCCAACCACAGUCCACACUCCACUCCACACAGCUCCCUCCCACCAACCAACCCCACGGCGGCGCCAUGACCUGGAACAACAACCCCCCUCCCCGUCCCGCUCCCUCCGACGACGACGGCCGCCUCCGCGAGCUCGGCUACAAGCAGGAGCUCAAGCGCCACCUCUCGGUGCUGUCCAACUUCUCCAUCUCCUUCACCGUCAUCUCCGUGCUGACGGGGGUCACCACGCUCUACAACACCGGCCUCGCCUUCGGCGGUCCCGCCACCAUGACGCUCGGCUGGUUCCUCGCCGGCGCCUUCACCAUGGCCGUCGGACUCUCCAUGGCCGAGAUCUGCUCCGCCUUCCCCACCUCCGGUGGCCUCUACUACUGGAGCGCCCGACUCUCCGGCCACCGCUGGGCGCCCUUCGCCUCCUGGAUCACCGGAUGGUUCAACAUCGUAGCACAAUGGGCAGGCACUGCCAGCAUCGACUUCUCUCUGGCACAGCUAAUCCAGGUCAUCAUCCUUCUCAGCACUGGCGGCAACAAUGGCGGCGGGUACAUGGCAUCAAAGUACGUCGUUUUCGCCUUCCACGCAGGGAUUCUGCUGACCCACGCCGCCAUCAACAGCCUCUCCAUCUCUUGGCUAUCUUUGCUCGGACAGUUCGCCGCGCUUUGGAAUAUGCUAGGUGUCUUUGUCCUGAUGAUCGCUGUACCGGUUGUUGCUACUGAGAGGGCUAGUGCAAAGUACGUUUUCACCCAUUUCAACACGGGUAACAGCGCUGGAAUCCACAGUAACCUCUACAUCUUCGUUCUGGGGCUCCUCAUGAGCCAAUACACACUGUCAGGAUAUGACGCAUCUGCACACAUGACCGAAGAGACCAAAAAUGCAGGCAGGAACGGCCCGAUUGGGAUAAUCAGUGCGAUCGGUAUAUCGUUGGUAGUAGGCUGGGGGUACAUACUUGGCAUCACGUUUGCAGUGAAGGACAUCCCCUUCCUCCUGAGCCCUGACAACAAUGCGGGAGGCUAUGCGAUCGCUCAGGUGUUCUACCUUGCCUUCAAAAGCCGAUAUGGGAAUGGUGCUGGAGGGAUCGUCUGCUUGUGGAUCGUCGCUGUCGCCAUAUACUUCUGUGGCAUGAGCUCGAUGACUAGCAACUCAAGGAUGACUUAUGCGUUCUCGAGAGAUGGGGCGAUGCCGUUUUCAUCCAUCUGGCACAAAGUUAACAAGCAAGAAGUGCCGAUAAACGCCGUCUGGCUGUCAGCUUUCAUCUCCCUUUGCAUGGCAUUGCCGUCUCUGGGCAGCCUGGUGGCGUUCCAGGCGAUGGCAUCUGUCGCAACGACCGCAGUCUACAUCGCCUACGCGCUGCCGAUCCUCUUCCGCGUGACGCUGGCGCACAAUCGCUUCGUGCCAGGCCCCUUCAGCCUCGGCCGGUACGGCGUGCUCGUGGGCUGGAUCGCAGUGCUCUGGGUCGCGACCAUCACCGUGCUCUUCUCGCUGCCGGUCUCAUACCCGGUGACCAAGAACACCCUCAACUACACUCCGGUCGCCGUUGGCGGGCUGUUCGCACUGAUCUUGUCGUCGUGGAUCGUCAGCGCAAGGCGCUGGUUCACGGGUCCUGUCACAAAUUUGGGAGGGUAGGGUGGUGUUGAGUUGGUGUGAUUUCAGUGUGGAAUGCUAGGGGAUGUUGAGGCAGUGUCAGGUGGUAUAGUGACUGCUGCUAAUUGUAGGAUGAGGAGAUGUUAGGACUUAGGAGUGCUACUAACGUAACACAAAUGGUGUCUGAUUGGAACGGAAACUACAAAUUCAGUCGAUGAUGAAGCAUUGAGAUAAGGUUGUAUUGUACAUAUAGAAUAGAACUAUAGUAUUGGAAAUUUUUCAAAAAAAAAAAGAACUAUAGUAUUGGAGGGUGGAUGAUGAUCAUUGCUACACGCCUACACUACACAUAUGACUUCUGCUGCUAUUGAUUUUUGUACCAAUGUAAAAACGUUUCCAAAAGUGUUUGUAGUUUACUGUUACUAGAUGCAAUCAACAUGAGACAACAGAAAACACACAGGAUCACAGGCCUAUACACUGUACCAUCUAUUGUCUCAAAAUGCAGUCCUUAUUUUA